CUUGCGCGAUAUUUGUCAUAUUUAAUCAUGUGUUUGAAAAAUGCCAAGUUGUUUUGCGAAUGUUUCACGGUUCAGGACUCUUUGCCUUACUGCUGAUGGUGCUGGAGUGGACCCAUCCAGGCCUGUCCUCCCCAUUACGCCCCAUCUGCGACCUGCGCGUCCUAGACCAUUUCAUUAAGGAGGCAUGGGAUGCAGAAGCUGCUUUGAGAGCUUGUAAGGAUGCUUGCAGCGUUGCAACAAACUUCACUGUUCCCCUGACCAGAGUAGAUUAUGAUGUCUGGGAAGCGAUGAAUAUAGAGGAGCGAGCUCAAGAGGUCCAGUCAGGCAUACAUGUGCUGAACGAGGCCAUCAGCUCACUACAGGCAUCUAAUCAGACUGAUGUGCUACAGUCCCACAUAGAUGCCAGUAUUAGCAACAUUGCCAGCAUCAGACAAGUGCUGCGAAGUCUCAGCAUACCGGAAUAUGUACCUCCAACCAGUGGUGGAGAAGACAAAGAGAUGCAGAAAGUAUUCUCAAUCUCAGAGCUGUUUCAGGUCCACAUCAACUUCCUGCGGGGAAAAGUACGUCUUCUGCUCGCCAAUGCACCUGUCUGCCAUCAAGGUGUCAGCUGAUAGACAAUUCUGGGCAAGGGCCAAACUAAUUGGAGCUCCUCAUAUCAGGAGGCAGGAUAUGGCCUAUUACAAAGGAUAUGUCGCCGAAGUUUGAAUGUCUGGGAGUCAUAGCACUUUGAAAGAUUUACUCACAAAGGGAAAAGAAGACAUCCUCUCAGAAUGCUAAGCGCCUCCUAUGGCUGUCUACUCUCUGUGUGUUGAGCAUUUGCAAACUCAUCUGCGUUACCUGGCUAAAUCAACCAGAUGC